GCAUUAGACAUCUAGGAGGUUGGGCAGGGAAAGCGCCAAUCGCGAGUCUCUAUUCCAAGUGGGCGUGUUUUUACGCGGAAAGACGACACUGUUUUGUUUGAAAGCUUGCGGUAGGCCAGAAUCAGCAGCGUUGAGACGACAGCGUAGAAAUAACUCGUCUGAGUCCCUCGUCCUGGCUCUUAUCUGUCCAUUCGCCGACGCUUGUUAUACCCCACAUCCCACUUUGGGAUGGACGAAACGAGCCCCCUCGUCUCCCCUCUCCUGGACUCCAUAGAUUACAACUAUUGCCAGAGCGAAGCCACCAAUCCGAGAACGCCGGGUUCUGUUGUGCGAGUGUCGGCUGGGAGCCCGGGACGCAGCCGUGAGAGACAGCCGCUUCUGGACCGGGACAGAGGGAAUUCUCCGCGGGAUCCACACAGGAAUGAGUUUCCGGACGACCCGGAGUUUAGGGAGAUCGUGAGGAAAGCAGAACAAGCCAUAGAAGAAGAAAUAUUUCCAGAGAGGAUCUGCCAAGGAUCCAGUGGUAGCUACUUCGUCAAAGACUCUCAAGGGAAGGUCAUUGGUGUGUUCAAGCCGAAGACUGAGGAGCCGUACGGUCAGCUGAACCCAAAGUGGACCAAGUGGCUCCAGAAGUUGUGUUGUCCCUGUUGCUUCGGACGGGACUGUCUGGUCCUGAACCAGGGCUAUCUGUCUGAGGCCGGGGCCAGUCUGGUCGACCAAAAACUAGAGCUCAAUAUCGUGCCCCGGACCAAGGUAGUGUACCUGGCCAGUGAUACAUUUAACUACAAUGCUAUAGACCGAGUCAAGUCUCGGGGAAAGAGGCUAGCUCUGGAGAAAGUUCCCAAAGUAGGACAGCGCUUCCACAGAAUAGGCCUCCCUCCUAAGGUGGGAUCAUUCCAGUUGUUUGUGGAGGGCUACAAAGACGCAGACUAUUGGCUGAGACGUUUUGAGGUGGAACCUCUUCCAGAGAACACCAAUCGGCAGCUGCAACUUCAGUUUGAGAGACUGGUGGUCCUCGAUUACAUAAUCAGGAACACAGAUCGGGGGAACGACAACUGGCUGUUAAAAUAUGACUGUUCAAUGGACACGGAAGGGAAACGGGACACAGACUGGGUGGUGGUAAAGGAGCCUAUCAUCAGACUGGCAGCCAUAGACAACGGCUUGGCCUUCCCAAUCAAACACCCUGACUCCUGGAGAGCCUAUCCAUUCUACUGGGUGUGGCUGUCCCAGGCUAAGGUUCCUUUCUCUCAGGAGAUUAGGGACUUGGUUCUGCCCAAACUGGCUGACCCCAACUUCAUCAAAGACCUGGAGGAAGACCUCUACGAACUCUUUAAGAAGGAUCCAGGUUUUGACAGAGGGCAGUUUCACAAACAGAUAGCUGUGAUGAGGGGACAGAUCCUGAACCUGAGCCAGGCCUUGAAGGAGAGUAGGACCCCGCUACACCUGGUUCAGAUGCCCCCAGUCAUAGUGGAGACAGCCAGAGCACCACAGAGAGCCAACAGUGAGUCCUACACACAGAGCUUCCAGAGCAGGAAACCCUUCUUUACCUGGUGGUAGAGGAGAGGAGGCCAAGUAGAAGAAGAGGCAAGAGGGGGAGUGAAGGAGACUCAGGAGGGAGGAAGAAUGAAUAUGGUAGGAUCAGAGAGGAAGAGGGGGGGAGGAAGAUGAGAAAGGGAGAAUUGAUAGGAGGAAUGAACCAGAUUGAGAGACUGAAGAGUAGAGACCAAGGCCAAGUAGAAGGGUAUAAAAGGAGAGAAAGAGGAGGAGAAGAGCUUCGUCCAAAAACCUCUGCCGUAGUCCUGUUUCAUCAGCCUGUAAAGCUCUUCCCCUCUCCCGUCCAUAGCCAAUAGGGAGCCAGGUAUGUUUACACUUUCCCUGGAAUCCUUCACAUUCAGUUGUGCUUUAACUACAGACAUUCACCAGAAAGAUGGGAAGGUGGAGAAAGAGAGAUGGAGGAUUUACAUUGAGUAAAGAGGUUAGUUUGUCUAGUGUCAAUAUUCAGAAUUGGGGGGGGGGAGAAAAAUAAGAGAAGUAUGGUAUAUUAAGACAGUUGGGUAGCCCUACACUGGUAGCUGGCUGAAAUAUGAUUAUAGAGACCAAAAACUGUGAAAGGCUCCAACUAUAGAGGUUCCCAAUUGAUGGUUCUAUGGUAGCAUUCUCCUUCAGUGACAUAAUGUACAAAAUGUCAAUAUAUGGUAGUCCAAUCAAAUCCAUCCAAGUGCACAGAAAGUUUUUACCUAAGGCUAAACAUUUCAGCCCCAACUCUUCAUUUUCCUUACCAAGUUACAGAUUUAGUCGCAUCUCUUAUGGAAGUACGGCAUUACCAUGGCUUGUAGCUAGCAAGCAGAUAAGAAGUCAAGUGUCCUGUUAUUUGGUUUGCAAAAUUCCAGUAACUUUCCCAAAAUCCUAGGUUUUCCAGAAAUCCUGGUUGGAGAAUUAUGGAUUCCCUGCUUAUGUCCUUCUGAUUCUGGGAUUCCUUCAACUUGAAAAACCUAAAGUUACAAUAAUUUUGCAACCCUGUGGUGUAUGAAUGCUGUGGUCAGACAUUCAGCGUUUGUGGCCUUAUUUUAAUGAGUCUCUUUCUUUGAUACAGAAGAACCUGACUGCAGUAGCCUGGUUGGACCAGACUGAACACUGCAUUCACCAUUGUCAACACUUCAGUGUUAAGUCUGGGUUAACCAGGCUGACUUUAGGGCCAGGUUAUAGGUGGUACUCACGUUGUAGUCGAUUAGGUUUGAACUGCAGACUGAACUGAGCCAUGUUCCUUAGGGUACAUUGUAGCAGAAAAAAAACAAAAACAGAAAAUUAAAAUAAGCCUUCUAAUUUCACUCCUUUUCUGGCACUUUUCUUCCAUUUCAUGCCUACUGAACAUAACCCAGGCAACAGUACCUGUUGUGUUAUUGGCAUGUGAUGGCAGCCCUGCGGCACCACCUAGGGGAGGACUGCAAUGUAGUCGGUCUCAAACAUGCACAUUGCCUGUAUUGCUUGUUUCCCUACAUCUCAUUUUGUCUUUGUUACGUUGACAUUUUUUGUAUUUGUUUUUUUUAAUUGAUAUUUCCUGCUGUAGCAACCAAACUGUUCUACUAAUGUAUUGUAUUGACAAUGCACUGUACAAAUUGUAUGUAAUGUAUUACAGAAUGAAAUACAUAAAGAAUUGUACUAUUGCAUUA